AUGAAACGAACAAAAGAAACAUUUUUUAGAGAGCAUCCAGAUUGGUAAUAUAGAUAAGGAGUAAGUGGUUUGAAGGAAUUCGAUGGUGAAGAUUUACGUAAUCAUUUCAUUCGAUAUCUCAAGAAUAUGAUUCUCGCAAUUAACAUAACAAAGAGCAGCAAAAAUAAUGGAUACUCGAUUAGAUUGAGGAAAAGAAGAGGAGACAAGAUUAAGAAAAGGCAGAGGAAUAGGCAUAUGCAUAAUAAACCUUAGAGAUAAAUAGAUUUCGAGGAAUGUUACAAGACAACUUUGCUUCAAGGAAAACUGAUAUGGGAGUUGCCACUAAAUAAACUAAUUUAUAAUUGGUAAUGCUUUGAAUGCAUUUCGUAUAGGCCAAGGAGAAAAAGGACAAAGAAGAAAGAGAGAAGUAGGAGAAGUUGGCAGCUGAACGUGCAGAGAGAGACUUAUUACUAUAGCGGGGUCGUAAAUAGCCAUAUAACGGAUGAUUAUUAU